CCUUGCAGGAGCUGAGAAAGAGGCUUUGACAAGAAGGCUGAGCAGGCUGAGGAGGCUGCAGCUGAGCCAGGAAGCCCGUGCCUGGCCCACUACGUAGACCAGGCAGGUACAGCAGCCAUGGGUAGAGCGGCAGACCCCUGGAAGUGGAUACUGGGCACCCUGAUUACAGCCCUGAUUCUAGGGGUCACAGAGCCUGUGCUUGCAAAUGACACCUCCUGUGACAACCCCUCGGCCACUGGGUCCUCUGGGUCCUCGGGCAGCAGCCGGGACCUUGGAGGUGAGGCUGAGGCUGGGGAGGACACCAGGUCCGAGGAUGACGACGGCAGCAGCAGUCGCAUCGUGAACGGGUCAGACUGCGAGACAGACUCCCAGCCUUGGCAGGGCGCGCUGCUGCUGGCCCCCAACAAGCUGUACUGUGGGGCGGUGCUGGUGCACCCACAGUGGCUGCUCACUGCCGCGCACUGCCGGAAGCCAGUUUACAGGGUCCGCCUCGGUCACCACUCCAUGUCUCCUGUCUACGAAUCUGGACAGCAGAUGUUCCGGGGAAUCAAAUCCAUCCCCCACCCUGACUACUCCUACCCGAGCCACUCCAACGACCUCAUGCUCAUCAAACUGAACAAAAAAAUACGCAGCAGCCACUCGGUUAAGCCCAUCAACAUCACCUCCCACUGCCCGUCUGCCGGCACCGAGUGCCUUGUGUCAGGCUGGGGCACCACCAGCAGCUCCCAGCACAAGUUCCCCCAGAAGCUCCAGUGCCUCCACAUCAACGUGCUGAGCCAGGAGAAGUGCAAAGAAGCCUACCCGGGGCAGAUAGAUGACUCCAUGUUCUGUGCGGGCGACCAGGAAGCCAGAGACUCCUGCCAGGGUGACUCUGGGGGCCCCGUGGUCUGCAACAGCUACCUGCAGGGCCUGGUGUCCUGGGGUGACUUCCCCUGUGCCCAGCCCAACAGACCAGGCGUCUACACUAACCUCUGCCGGUUCAACAAGUGGAUCCGCAACACCAUCAAAAACAACUGAGUCCCCAGUCCCAAGACUCCAGUGUCCCCACUGCUGCAGGACUGUUCUCACCUUCCCAAGCAUGCUGAGGAUCCACUCCUCGGUCAGGACAUCCUACCCAGUGGUGGAAUUCCAAGGAUAAUUCCCAGAAUGAUGAGGGUGGCAUUACAUUGCCAACCUCCAGCCCAGAGCAGCCAUGGUGGCUUUGACCAUGACCCAA